AUGAAUAGCUUGAUUGCCAAGGAUGAGACAGUCACGCCCAACGGACUCUACGUCGGCGUGGUGACUCUAGCAAGCAUUGUAUUCACUCGUCAUGGCUCGUUCCCUAUCCGAUGGGCCGUGCCUCCAGUCGUCCUGCUCGCCUCGAUGAAGUACUUUCUCCCGCACACUACGCAGAACAUUGGCGAGUACUAUGAGACGAAGGAGCAGUCGUAUGCUCCGUCUUUCAGCAAGGCCCGCCGUGAGCAAUGGGACCGCGCUCGUCAGUUCUGGUUCACCGGUAUGGAUCACAUGCAGAUGACGCGCGAACGUGUGUCCGACACGUUCGCAUCGGGUCUUCAUGAUAUUGAACAGUCGACUGGGCUCAAGCUCAGUUCGCUCUGGCACAACCGCUUCGCUUCGUCGCCAUCUUCAGCGAGCAGCAAUGAGCUGCCGGCAACGCACGAGCACACAUCGUCGAAGAAACUUGUUUAG